AGGCUACGACUAUUUCAUAAGAAGAAAUAACCAAUACGCAAGCAGUAUCCCCACUUUCGCAGAGGCCGCAAAUCUUUGACACCCCACCGAUCGCCACAGCAAAUCAUGUCUGGCGGCAUAGCUCGUGGUCGUCUCACCGAGGAACGCAAAGCAUGGCGAAAGAAUCAUCCUCAUGGUUUCGUAGCGAGGCCAGAAUCUCUCCCCGAUGGUACAGUUAAUUUGAUGGUCUGGAACUGUACUAUACCCGGUAAAGCUGGGACUGAUUGGGAGGGUGGUUUUUAUCCCCUCACCCUUAAUUUCACUGAAGAUUAUCCAAGCAAGCCACCAAAGUGCAAAUUCCCCCAAGGGUUCUUUCACCCCAAUGUUUACCCGUCUGGAACCGUUUGUCUAUCAAUCCUCAAUGAAGACAGUGGUUGGAGACCCGCAAUUACGGUUAAACAAAUUCUAGUGGGUAUCCAGGAUUUGCUGGACACUCCGAACCCUGCUGAUCCUGCUCAAACCGAGGGAUAUCAUCUCUUUAUUCAGGAUACUGUGGAAUACAAGAAACGAGUUCGCCAGCAAGCGAAGUCAUACCCCUCUCCUGUCUAGAUGCAAUCCAUGGUUCUGGUUUCAUGUAGAUCUGACAUGUUAAUGAAUUUGUUUUCUAUUGAUUUGCAAAACCAUCAUUCAACAACGCGUAUUUGGUUCUGAUUAAACAUGUUUAAUGGGUUUCCGAGUUACUAACUUUCUGUUUAUUUAUGAGUGGAUUUACAAGCAAUAUAUAUUAGUUUCGGAGUUCAUUUGAA